CAAAUAGAGGUCGUCAUCCUACUGUUAAGGUCGUUAUCCAAUGGUUCUCUGCGAAGAUGGAUCAAAUGCUGAUUGCAGUUGUAAAAACCCACCUUGUGGUAUUAAAGGAAACCGUCCUUCUUGUUCCUGUGAUGAUGGCUCUAUUCCUAAACUGCGACCUCUCUGUAAUGACGGAUCCUACCCGCAGUGCCCUGGAGCUUGUCACGACGGAGCAGACGCUCUUAUCGAUGAAUCACUAACCACUAAACCUUGUGUUGACGGAUCUAUUGUAUUCUUGAGUAAAUGUCGAUGUGAGGAUGGAACAAAAUUAAGACCGCAUGGUGUUCUAGGUCGUCUUCAAGUAUACAAUCCAGAUACAGACGAGUAAACAGACAUGUAUCAAUAUUUAAAAGUAUCAAUAUUGUUUUUUGCAAAACAGUA